AUGUCGCAUCUAUUCAGUUCGGAUGAGGAUGAUAAUAAUGAGAAAAAUGAUCAGAAUAGAAAUGAUAGUGGUGAUUUAAUGGAAACUACUCAGUAUUCUACACCAACAGCACAGGAACAACGUACUCAAGAAACAUCAACAGUUCGUCUGCCAGCUAUAACCAUGGAAUUACCAGGGCUCAAAGAAUCAUUGACACCAAGAGGGCCAUCAGUAAAACGACAGCGACGAACAACAACAACAAUAGCAAGACAAAUCGAAAUUAUUGACGUAGUAGCACCAAACAGAACACCUAUUGGUCUUUAUCAACCGAAUUAUAUACCACGUACACUUCAUUUUUACAAUCAAUACCGUCUCUCAAUUUUACCAACAUUUCCAAGUAGAGAUAAUAACGACUCUGAUAAUCCAUCGAAUUUAUUAUUGGCCAAUGUGUCUCCAAUUCAAUUAUCACGAACAGAAUUAGGACGUCGUCAAACAGGUGAAUAUAAAUGCAUAUUUACUAUGACCGAUCCAAGUCCGCCAACAUCAUCAAUGAUGUACAACUAUUAUAAGAAUUACUUUUUAAAAAUCGUCGAUCGUUUUCAUAUCGAUAUAUCUAUAUUGGAUCAUAAUUAUGCUCGUUUACAACAGGUUCUUCAAUUAUUUCGUACACGUCGUGCUCAAAUACUUCAUGCUAAUAAACGUAUGGAAGAUACAUUUUAUUUACAUGAUCAUGAACUACCACAAUUAUUAGAAUUUUACUUACAAAUGGAUGUCGAUCUUUUCUAUAUGAAAACUUGUUCCUUUCGGAAGGCACAACCAAGAUCGGAUACAGAAGGUAUAUUUUGUGCAACAACACCUGAAUGUCGUUAUAAAAUGACAGCCUGUGGACAAUGUAAAAUAUGUCAAACACCAAUUGAUUUGACUUAUCGUCAACCAACAUCCAUUUUAUUUAAUCGUGCUGAAACACAUCGCUUUGUCAACGGUUAUGAAUCGAUAUUAAAUUGUCCAGUAACAUGUAAUACAAGAAACAUUAUUUAUGCAUUAACUUGUUUAUGUGGUCAAUAUGAUUAUAUUAGUGAGACAUCGUAUACAUUGGCAAAACGUUUAGAAGAUCAUUAUCAGAUAGCAAAUCUUGCUAUUGGUAAAUUAUUGCUUGGCGAAAAGAAUACGAAACGCCUUCCAAUCUAUAAAGAUAAUAGCUUCACAUCGAAUAAACAAAAUAUGCUCUUAUAUCAACAUCCAAAACAAUGUUCAGCUACAGUACAAGCCUUUUUAGAUGGAAACCCACAGUUUUGGCCAUUGGUUCCGAUGAAAAACGAAGAUGCUGAUGCCGACAAUGUUCGCUAUGAAAGAAUGCGUUUGACAACAACAACAAUAUCAAAUAUUUAUCAAGAUGAAAAUAUACAAAAAUAUCUCAAAGAUUUACCAAACCCACCUGAAGGCUAUCGAUUUUCAAAACGUCAAGUAGAAAAACAAAUUCAUUUCUUUCGAAAGAACUUUCACAGUACAAAACUCUAUGAUGAAGUACCUCUAUAUAAUGCAACAAUUAUUGCCGCUUUACCACACAAUACAUCAGGUCUAUUUCGUCAAAUUAUUCACUCUUUAUUUGUUACACAUACUGAAGCUAAAUUAAAUACAUUAGGCCAUAUUUUUGAUAUGAAUAUGGAUAUAAAUAUAAGACAAGGUGCUUGGUGUGCAAAUUUAGUACGUCGAUCAGUUUAA